AUGGAGAUGGAGCAGCCUCUGCUGCAGGUGGUGGGGGCGAGCCUGAGCGAAUUGUUCCGUGGCUACGCCCACAACGUGGAGAAGGAGCUGGCCAACGUAUCGGCAGCCGUGCAGCAACUCGCCACACAAGACAAGCUCUCGCCCGAUGAUGCGCGCCAGCAAAUGGGCGCCCUCGUCGGUCGUCUCAAAGGGCUCAAGCGCAAGCUGGAGGAAAGUCGACGGGGCGAGCAGAAGGAGAUGGCGCGGUGUAAGGCCCGGCUGGACCACCUCGCCCAGCACCCUCACGCCAAGGCAGCCGCCGCGCCAGCGACGACAGACCAGCACGACGAGGUAGAGGCCGUAGAGCUACCCACGGCGGCCGAGGGUACCGGUGCUGGCGACAGCGACAGUGACGACGAAACGGCGGUGGCCGCGCGGGCGUGGCUGAAGGCGCGCACGAACCGCUUCGUCGUGGACCACAUGCUGCGCAGCGGGCACCUCGCCUCGGCCGCGUCGCUGGCCAAGGAGGCCCACAUCACCGACCUGGUCGACGUGGAGCUCUUUGCGAGCGCGCAAGCCGCGAUCGAUGGCCUCCAGCGCCGCGACUGCGCCCUGGCGCUGGCGUGGUGCGCCUCGCACCGCCAGCGGCUCCACAAGCUCCGGAGCACGCUCGAGUUCAACCUGCGGCUGCAGGAGUUUGUCGAGAUGGUGCGUGGCGGGCGGUGCCGGGAGGCCAUCGCCUACGCGCGCAAGCACCUGGCGCCCAUGGCCGCCAAGGAGCCCUGCCACAUGCCGACGGUCCAGCAGGCCAUGGGCGCCCUGGCCUUCCCCGCCGCCGUGUGCAAGCCCCUGCCCUACCGCGAGCUGUUCGACGACGAGCGGUGGGCGGAGCUGAUCUACGAGUUACGGCGGGAGAACCACCGCUUGUACGCCUUGCCGCCCCACUCGCUGCUGGCCAUCGCCGCCCAGGCGGGCCUGUCGUCGCUCAAGACCCAGUUCUGCUACGGGGCCGAGGAGGGCCGGUCGCGCGGGUGCCCGGUGUGCGUGGAGGACAUCGGCAAGCUGGCCGGCCCGCUGCCCAGUUCGCUGCGCACCAAGUCCUGCGUGCGAUGCCAGCUCACCGCCCAACAGUUCGACAACGACGACUACGCGCCCUUCGCCCUCCCCAACGGCCGCGUCUACUCCCGGAAGGCGCUCGAGCAAAUGGCCAUGGCCGGGGAUGGGAUGCUCACCGACCCGGCGACCGGGGAGAGCUUCGCGUUCGAGGAGGCCAAGAAGGCUUUCAUCGUCUAA